CCGAAUUAAAUUAAUUUCUUCAUUCAUUUUGUAAAAGUGGAUGGGCUGAAUUUGAACCAUCUGCCUAUAAAAAUGGAUGUGGGUAAUUUAGUGGGCUUUUUUGGGCCUGGGUCACUUUCCAGAUCACAUAUUGGAGGCCCAAAUUGGUUGGGCUUAGGCCCAACGGACAUUAUAUUGGGCUUUUCAAAAUUAGGGCUUAGGUUAUGGGGCGGGUGCUCUACGGUUGGGCUAUGGUCUUGGUUUCUCCCGCCAAGAUCUCAUGUUUUAACGGUCUUCUUCAUCCAACAUUUUGUCCUUUCCCUUCUCGCGUAACCUUCGUCAAUUGUAACUUAACUUUGUCCGUCGGUUACAGAAGCAAUCCCAUCGUGGCCGAGUAUGUAUGCCUAGAUCCGGUAGCGGAAUUUGUAGUAAUCGAAACGCAGAGAUUUAAGGAGCAGGUGUCGGAGAAGCUAGCGAAGGAUCGUGAGACGAUUGUGGAGGCAGAUGAUGAAGGAAAAACGGUAUGCUUCAUCACAAAGAUACUCCAAUACAGUGUCAAUUUCAUUGAUAUCUUUGUUGCUAUACAAAUGACUUAUUUCUCUCAAUACAUGAAUCAUUCUGGGGCUGUGGUUUUACACUGAA